AUGACUCCGAAUCUAUCAUCAGCGCGCAAACGCGGUAGGCCGUCUCUUAAUCGUAACGUCACAAACUCUGAACCCGCGGAUGAGAUUAUAACGUUAGGCCUUCCUGAGAAUCGGCGUGGAGAUGAGGGUGAUAAGCAAAGUCAAGACCACAGGAUGACCGUGGGAAACCAAAAUUGUACUUUCCUACAACAAGAUCACCCGUCAAAAAAUGUGACCAUUGAGAUCCAAGUCGACAGCCACCCGAUGAUGCGGCAGAGCCGUCGAGGGGUCACGGGCAGGCAAUUUGCUGCCCGAGACCGACUGCUGACUAGGCAGGAAGACACUGCUGGCAGUCGCCCGGUGUGGAACGAUAUCUACGAGGUCUUCCAUUUCACUGACUGGAUCGCGCCAACAAUAGAAGCCUGCAUUUACACAUGGGACCCCAAGAUCCGCCUUAAAGGUGUCGCUGCUCUGGAUACCAUUGCUGGAUACACCAAGGACAUUCCAUCUUGUGCGUUUUCAAGUUUCAAGAAGGCCAUGGUGUCAGAGAAAUGCGAAGCCGAUAACGUGGACGCAAGCAGCUUUGAUUGUCUCUGUAGACAUCUCAGCGCAAUUGCCGUUGCAGUUUCCAGAUAUGUGGACACUCAGUGCUCAGUAGAUUUCGCUGAAGCCAUUGGGCAUGUAUGCGGUGUAUGGCAGAUCUACGGAUCAACUGCCUCAGAAUUACCAGAAGCUACCAGUAUUCUCGACAAAGAUCUAAGCGGCGACAGCUCGAAUAAGGCAUCCAAUACCGCUACCGAAACAAAAUCCGGGUCGGGUGCUGCCGUUGCUGCUUCAUCUACUUCAUCGGACAACGGAGCGGCUAUGCCUACUGGCGGAUCUAGGCUUGUUACACUUGGAGGUAUAGUGGCUCUGGCUGGAGUAUUAGUGUAA